CCGGCGCUAAGGGGAGCAAGUUAGUGUGUGCGUUGGCCGGGCCAGGGGGGAGGAGGGGAAUCUCCCGCCAUUUUUCAAUAAUUUUUUUCUAGUGCUGCUGAGGAGUCGUCUUGACUGCCGGCCGCUGGGACCCGAAGCGGAGGUCGGCGGGGGGCUUCUGGGAGGCGCGGCAGUGUGCGCAGGAGCUCUGCGCCGUGGCGUUCCGCUCCAUGAGUGUCGCGCGGCCGCUCCUGCUGUGAGGGAGCCGGGGUUCGCGCCGCCCUCUCACCCCUCCCCUCCCCCACCCCACCCCCGGGCGCCUGGCGCUCGCUCCGGGCCGCGGGGCCUAGUGCUGCGCCGCGGGGCCGGCCCCAGCAGCCGCCAGUCCCCAGCGCCGCCGCCGCGAUGGCGCCGCUCCUGGGCCGCAAGGCCUUCCCGCUGGUGAAGCCGUUGCCCGGAGAGGAGCUGCUCUUCACCAUCCCGCACACUCAGGAGGCCUUCCGCACCCGGGAUAUGAAGCCCGCUUGGAAAGGUACAGUGAGCGCAUUUGGACGUGCAAGAGUACUGGAAGCAGUCAGCUAACACACAAGGAAGCCUGGGAGGAAGAACAGGAAGUUGCUGAGCUUUUGAAGGAGGAGUUUCCUGCCUGGUAUGAGAAGCUUGUUCUGGAAAUGGUUCACCAUAACACAGCCUCCUUAGAGAAGUUAGUAGAUACUGCUUGGUUGGAGAUCAUGACCAAAUAUGCUGUGGGAGAAGAGUGUGACUUCGAGGUUGGGAAGGAGAAAAUGCUCAAGGUGAAGAUUGUGAAGAUUCAUCCUCUGGAGAAAGUGGAUGAAGAGGCCACUGAGAAGAAAUCUGAUGGUGCCUGUGAUUCUCCAUCAAGUGACAAAGACAAUUCCAGGCAGAUUGCUCAGGACCAUCAGAAGAAGGAGACAGUUUUGAAAGAGGAUGAAGGAAGGAGAGAGAGUAUUACCUGUGCCCAGGGCACCUUCAAGCCCCUGUCAGGAGAAGGGUCCUGCCAGCCAUGCCCAGCCAAUAGCCAUUCUGACACCAUCGGAUCAUCCAUCUGCCAGGGCCGCAUCGGGUACUUCCGGGCACACACAGACCCCCGGCGUGCACCCUGCACCACCCCUCUUUCGGCUCCGCGGAGCGUGGUUUCCCGCCUGAACGGCUCCUCCCUGCACCUGGAAUGGAGUGCCCCCCUGGAGUCCGGUGGCCGAGAGGACCUUACCUACGCCCUCCGUUGCUGGGAGUGCCGACCAGGAGGCUCCUACGUGCCCUGCGGGGGAGACCUGACCUUUGACCUCGGCCCCCGGUACCUGGUGGAGCCCUGGGUGGUGGUUCAAGGGCUACGUCCUGACUUCACCUAUACCUUUGAGGUCACUGCAUUGAACGGGGUAUCCUCCUUAGCCACGGGGCCCGUCCCAUUUGAGCCUGUCAAUGUCACCACCGACCGAGAGGUACCUCCUGAAGUGUCCAACAUCCGGGUGAUGCGGUCCUCACCCAGCAGCUUGAGCCUGGCCUGGGCUGUUCCCUGGGCACCCAGUGGGGCUGUGCUGGACUACGAGGUCAAAUACCAUGAGAAGGGCGCCGAGGGUCCCAGCAGCGUGCGGUUCCUGAAGACGUCAGAAAACCGGGCAGAGCUGUGGGGGCUGAAGCGGGGAGCCAGCUAUCUGGUGCAGGUACGGGCCCGCUCUGAGGCUGGCUAUGGGCCCUUCGGCCAGGAACAUCACAGCCAGACCCAACUGGAUGAGAGCGAAGGCUGGUGGGAGCAGCUGGCCCUGAUUGCGGGCACGGCAGUCGUGGGUGCGGUCCUGGUCCUGGUGGUCAUUGUGGUCGCCGUUCUCUGCCUCAGGAAGCAGAGCAACGGGAGAGAAACAGAAUAUUCAGACAAACAUGGACAGUAUCUCAUCGGGCACGAUACUAAGGUCUACAUCGACCCCUUCACUUAUGAAGACCCUAAUGAGGCUGUGAGAGAAUUUGCAAAAGAGAUCAAUGUCUUCGUCAAGACUGAAGGGGAGAUUGGUGCAGGUGAGUUUGGCGAGGUGUGCCGGGGGCGGCUCAAGGCCUCGGGGAAGAAGGAGAGCUGUGUGGCAAUCAAGACCCUGAAGGGUGGCUACAUGGAGCCGUAGCGGCGCGAGUUCCUGAGCGAGGCCUCCAUCGUGGGCCAGUUCGAACACCCCAAUAUCAUCUGCCUGGAGGGCGUGGUCACCAACAGCAUGCCCGUCAUGAUUCUCACAGAGUUCAUGGAGAACGGCGCCCUGGACUCCUUCCUGCGGCUAAAUGACGGACAGUUCAGGGUCAUCCAGCUCGUGGGCAUGCUGGGGGGCAUCGCCUCGGGCAUGCAGUACCUUGCCGAGAUGAACUACGGCCACCGAGACCUGGCUGCUCGCAACAUCCUAGUCAACAGCAACCUCGUCUGCAAAGUGUCUGACUUUGGCCUUUCCCGUUUCCUGGAGGAGAACUCUUCCGAUCCCACCUACACGAGCUCCCUGGGAGGAAAGAUUCCCAUCCGAUGGACCGCCCCGGAGGCCAUUGCCUUCCGGAAGUUCACUUCCGCCAGUGAUGCCUGGAGUUAUGGGAUUGUAAUGUGGGAGGUGAUGUCAUUUGGGGAGAGGCCAUACUGGGACAUGAGCAAUCAGGACGUGAUCAAUGCCAUUGAACAGGACUACCGGCUGCCCCCGCCCCCAGACUGUCCCACCUCCCUCCACCAGCUCAUGCUGGUCUGUUGGCAGAAAGACCGGAAUGCCUGGCCCCGCUUCCCCCAGGUGGUCAGCGCCCUGGACAAGAUGAUCCGGAACCCCGCCAGCCUCAAAAUCGUGCCACUGCCCGCCAGCCUGGGUAUGGGAGUGUGUCAGCUCUCAGGGGAGUCCCACUACGUGAGCUUUGAUGGUAGUAACCAUUCUACCCCAGACGCCUGCACUCAUGUCCUGGUGAAAGUGUGCCACCCCGCCAUGGCCUUGCCCUUCUUCAAGAUCAGUGCCCAGCAUGAGAAGGAGGAAGGUGGAACUGAGGCAUUCCGCCUUCACGAGGUCUACAUUGACAUCUGCGAUGCCCAGGUCACCCUGCAGAAGGGCCACCGUGUGCUGAUCAACAGCAAACAGGUCAUCCUCCCCGCGAUCUCCCAGAUCCCUGGGGUCAGUGUCAAAUCCAGCAGCAUCUACACUAUUGUUAACAUCAAGAUCGGGGUGCAAGUCAAGUUUGACGGGAAUCGUCUCUUAGAGAUUGAAAUCCCCACAACCUACUAUGGAAAGGUCUGCGGCAUGUGUGGGAACUUCAAUGAUGAGGAAGAGGAUGAACUAAUGAUGCCCAGCGACAAACUAGCACAUAGUGACAGUGAAUUUGUGAACAGUUGGAAAGAUAAGAGCAUUGACCCAAGAGAGACUUUUGCUGCCAUGAUCUCUACAUGUGAACUCCUCCCAAGAGUAGAGCUGCCCAGAAGGACCAUCUGUGGUGAUGGAAAUGUUCUACGAAUGUGCCAUUCAAUAUGCCGGCCGCUUGAACACAUGUCGUCCUGGCCCUCUUGGGCACUGGAAUUCCAGGGUGGCAGAGUGAGACUCCAUCUCAAAAAAAAAAAAAAAGAAGGCGGGGGGCGGAGAUUAAGACAUUCAGAUAGAGACACCAGGGGUAUGUGUGCACAGGGGAAAGACCAUGUGAGAACCCAGCAAGAAGGCGGCCAUCUGCUCAACUUCCUGGGCUCAAGCAAUGCUGCCACUUCAGCCUCCCGAGUGGCUGAGACUACAGGUGUGCACCACCACACCCUGCUAAUUUUUGUAUUUUUUGUAGAGAUGAGGUCUUGCUAUGUUGCCUAGACUAGUUUCAAACUCCUGGCCUCAGUCAAUCCUCCUACCUUGGCCUCCCAAAGUGCUGGGAUUACAGGCAUGAGCCACCACCUCUGGCCAGCUCCCACCUGUUGAUCAAAGGAGCAUCAAAGAAUUUGCAGCCUCCAGAAGGAGGUCAUUUCCUGCCUCUGAGUCUCAGUUUCCACAUCUAUGAAAUACAGUUAAUGAUCCUUCACUCCAGCGUUGUCGUGAAGGGUAAAUUAAGUUGUAUUUGGAAAAAUAUCUGGGACACAGUAGGUGUGUUUCUCAUACCCAGAGUCAGUGUUUAGCAGAGGGUUAGUAGCUGCCUCCAGAGCAUGAAGGGCUCUUGUGACUUUAACUGUGAGGAAUGCUUUGGGUUAAAAGAUUGUACUUUUCUGGGUUCAGCUGAAAGGUGGAGAGCUCAGUGAGGUGGCUCACAACAGUAAUUCCAACGCUUUCGGAGGCCAAGGUGGGAGGAUCACUGUUGCCCAGGAGGUUGAGAGCAGCUUAAGCAACAUAGUAAGACCCUGUUUCUACACAUACACACACACACACACACACACACACACACACUAGCUAGGCGUGGUGGCAUGCGCCUGUAGUUGCAGCUACUUGGGAGGCUGAGAUGGGUGGAUUGCUUGAGGCAAGGAGUUUGAGACAAGCCUGGUCAACAUAGUGACACCCCAUCAUCCCCCAAAAUAAUUUUUCUUUAAGGCACAGCCUCACUCUGCUGCCCAUGCUGGAGUGCAGUGGUGUGAUCUCACCUCCUUGCAACCUCUGCCUCCCGGGUUCAAGCGAUUCUUGUGUCUCAGCCUCCUGAGUAGCUGGGAUUACAGGUAUGCACCACCACGCCUGGCUAAUUUUGGUAUUUUUAGCGGAGAUGGGGUUUUGCCAUGUUGGUCAGGCUGGUCUUGAACUCCUGGCCUCAAGUGAUCCGUCUGCCUUGGCCUCCCAAAGUGCUGGGAUUACAGGCGUGAGCCACUGUGCCUAGCCACAAUAAAUCAUUUUUUAAAGGUUAAAUUUAACCUUAUUUAAGUAAUACAUAUAAGUCUCAUUGAAUAAUUGAAGCCAGUUUGUGAGGUAAAGUCUAUAAUUAUGUGCAUUUUAAUUCUUAGCAUUAAUUUUUGGCAUUUAAUUAUAGCCUCAUAAGUACAGAUAAAAACAGGACUUGCUGGCCUGGCACAGUGGCUCAUGCUUGUAAUCCCAGCACUUUGGGAGGCCGAGGCGGGCGGAUCACGGGGUCAGGAGAUCGAGACCACGGUGAAACCAUGUCUCUACUAAAAAUACAAAAAAAUUAGCCGGGCGUGGUGGCGGGCACCUGUAGUCCCAGCUACUCAGAGAGGCUGAGGCAGGAGAAUGGCGUGAACGUGGGAGGCGGAGCUUGCAGUGAGCCGAGAUCGCGCACUGCACUCCAGCCUGGGUGACAGAAUGAGACUCCGUCUCAAGAAAAAAAAAAAAAAAGACUUCCUAUUGUUGCCACCUAUUUUCUUUAAAGAUGACAAGCAGCAUCUUAUUUGUGUUAACACAAGUCAUCCACAUAACAAAGAUAGAUAAGAAAAGUGGCCAGGUGUGGUGGCUCAUGCCUUUGCUGGGACAGGGAACAGAGGGAUGCGGAGACCCUGAAGAUGCUUUUGGACAAUGGUCUGCGGUUAGGACAGUGGCAGGAGAUACCAUUCACUCAGGGUCUCCAGGACAAGAGAUCAGCCUGGCAGUUACAUGUGUUUCUUUUCAAACUCGU